AUGUCGCCUGGAGAAUCGUCAGACGUGCAGUCAGACAACUCUUGUCUCUCCGGGUCGUCCUUAGCACCACCGUCCACGACGUCCACUUCGUUACUCGACUCCGCCGUGCACCUCGCUCAUGCAUUGGCUCCUUCUGAACAGCACGACAGAAGACGGAGCUUAGGUUUGAUUGACGCUGCUCGUGUGAGGUUCACCAGAGAUUUUCAGUCUCUCGUUCGCUCCAACAGCAAGCCCCAGCGUGUCCAUACCCUCUUGUCUGUCCAGACGCGAGCGCCUGAAGAUCCCAGAUUCGCCUUCCGGGGUAGUGACAAAAACCUGAACACACGGCUCGCAAACUUGGAUACACAAAUGAUGGAGCUCCUACCAGAAGAGAGGCAGGGAAGGGGAUUGGGAACGAGGAUCGUUAAUUUUUUGAGUCGAUCGCGUUCGCGUUCUCGCUCAAAGAAACGUCGGUCGCGCUCCCUCGACGCCGCCGUCAGCCACAUGCCGAUGCCUCUAGCCAGGGAACCUAUUGCCGCGCAUGCGCGCCGUGCAAGCAUAGAGGACGAGGAUGAGUAUACAGGUGCAUCGUCUUCCGCUCCACGGCCGACUACACGCAGCGUUUCCCGACCCUUGUCUUCCGCAACGAACACUACUGUCAAGCCGCUACCCAGGACACCGACACCAGCUGACCCUCGUGCUACGGCACUUCCAAAACCUCGUUCCACCCCAGUCUACAAAAACACAGUCAUUGAACCCACCUCUCUGUCUUCUAAGGGAAAGAAGAUGAACCUCUUCGGGCUUUCCAUCUCCAGUCCGCGGAAGGCGUCCUUCGAGGACAGCGGAAAGCCCAAGUCUCGACCUCCUACUCCUGGAUCAGCGCCCGCUGCCUUACUCCCCAGUAGCGUAACCAGCAACCAUCCUCUCUGGGGCUCACAUUCCGGUUCAGGAUCCACCUCUCAUAAGUCCCAUGAGGAAUCGAACAAGCGUCCGUCAUUGGACAUCGAGAGAACGAUCAAGGACCGUCGGUUAGAUUCCGGCAAGCCUUCUCGCCCCAACGUCGUUGCGCCUGCCGCGCGCCCUCCCCCAAUCCAUCUACUGACCACCCGCGGCGAGUAUCUGGAACGAAACCACGACACCGAUACAGAGACAAUUGACCUGGGAGGGAGGUGCUCUCCGCUGUGUGGGUUGCGAACACCGAGGCUUACCGGUGCGCCCUCUGACAGGGAGAAGGAGGCAAUGUGGGGUUCGCGUGAACGAUCGCGAGAGAAGGAGCGGGAGGGGAUUCGGUGGAAGGAGAAAGAGAGGGAGAGGGAUCGCGAACACAUCACGCACCCCCGCAGAGUUGGUUCACCCGCUCUCCGGGAGCGUGAGCGAGAAUCCAGAUCAACCGUUGGCCCGGUGCCCGUGGAGAAGGUCGCCAGUGGGAGUGGGACCAGCAAGCAGAGCAGAACCCGGGACGCUUUACCCGGCGCUAAUGGGAAUGCCGCCGCGAUAGCUGCUAGGGCAAACCGGACCAAACAUGGCAGCUUCGACUUCGAACGCCCUCUGUCAGCUAAUGCAGUCGUGACCAGCGAUAUGAAGGCCGCGUUGACCCAAAUGGGCAUUGGGGAUACGGACAAGCCUCACGCCAUGCAGCGCAGCCACAGUACAAGGGCGCUGGCUUCUUCACAGGACAAAACCAAGACAAAACCAAAACUGGACGUCAACACGUCCAGCUACUUCCUCACACGACGCGUAACCGGGAGCUCAACUGCGACGUCUAAUCCUCCCCGCUCACACCAGGUACACCACUCUCGCGGUAACAGCCAUCACAAUGACUCCGACAAGGAACCUAUUUCGCCCACCUCAUCGCAUUCAUCUGGGAAGAACUCCAGUUGGGGCCGGAGUGCGGGCAAACGCAUGGCGCGGCCGACUCAUGGACCGUUCAAGUUUGAGCCCGCGGUGCCUCCCAUCCCCGGUUCUCCCGCUGACGAGCGGAAACGCCCCGUUGUCCCGAAUGGCCCCCGCGGCGUGAGCUCUCAGGAAGCGCAGUCUCGCCAUCCUCGGGUUGCAGGCAAAGGUCGCUCGCUGGACCUGGGCCUGGGCCUGUCGUGGGCACCGACGCGCCUGCGCGAGAACGCACUGCUGCAGAUUGGGGGUGUGGGAACGACUGUAGGUGGGAGUACGGCUGCGGCAGUAAGGGCCCGGGCGAGAUGGAGGGGCGCUACCGUUGAUGAAGAGGGCCGAUUGAGCGCAGAUGGGUCCGUCGCCGCCGCAGAUGUGGCUGCAGCGUUUCGCGAGGCGCUGGGGGACGCGGCGUAUGCGACAUUCAAAACCUUUGUUCAUCGGUUCGAUGCUCAUGCCAUACCGCUAGACGGUCCAUUCGGUCUUCUUUUGCACGUACAAAGGCUUCUUGACUCUGCUCCUGGCCUUGACGAGCGAGGAAAGCGGGUUCUCCUGGACAGAUUCGUCCAUGUUGUCCAGGAGAACCACUGA